AUGACACAAAAUUAUCUUCCUGAAUUUGCCUUUACUUUCUGUUCUACUUGUAACAAUAAGUUUCAACGUUUGAAAUAUAAAGACAAGUUAACUAAAAAGUUGCCCAAAACACCAACUAAAAAGAUGGAUAAAGAAUCUGAUAGUACUUUUGAAAUUGAUAAUAGUUCAUCUCCUGAAUUUUUUGAUGAUGAAUAUAAGGAUAUUGAGGAGAUCAAAUUGUAUAUAAUUGUUGAUAAAAGGGGUAAAAAGUCUUCAUCCAAAGCUUUGGUUAUAAAGCCAGUUGAAUAUACGAAUGUUAUGGAAAAAAUCAAUGCCGUUGUUCAAAAGGCAUUUCAAAAUGAAAAUAUUAAGUUAUCAGACUACAGUAUGUCAUAUAAAGCAAUGAAUGCACGUAGUCCUUCAAGUGAAUUAGAAGAUAAAUGUGAUUUUGAUGAAUUUAUUGAAGAUUACAAAAAAGUUAUUGCAGCUAAUAAAAAAAUGGCAGUAAUGAUAGAACUUGAAGAUUCUACAAAUGAAAAAGUAAAGAAAACAGAAAAACGUUCAAAGGUUUCUGAUGAAAAAGAUGAUUUAUCUAAAGAAGAAAAGACGCGAGCAGAAGUAAUUUCUGCUUUAAACACAGCUUCGGUAUCAGAUUUAGUACUUACUACGAAUCUUGGUAUACAAUUUGAAUGUUACUAUAUUGGUAAAGAUAAACCAACUGAGAUUCCAAUCACAUUAUUCCAUCCAAAUGAAAGCUGCUUAAAAAGUCAGACUACAGUGUUAAAACGUGGUUCUUCCAUUUUUUUUUCAGGUGCUUUAACAUCAACUGAGGAAAUGACUGAAGAAAUUCAAGAGCGGGAAGAACAGGAAGAAUCUGCAUCUAUACUUAUUACACCUGCAACUACACCUGCAACUACACCUCCAUCAAAAAAACGCGUAGGCCAUGCAAAAGUUUAAUAAUUUAUUAAAUUAUAAAUAUUUUCACAUAUUUUUUUUUAUUUUAUCCUGCUGUAAUACAAAAAAAAAUUGUUUUUUUUCUGUAAAUAA